ACGUAGGGUUUCCGAGUCUAAGUGUUUGCGUAUACGUAGAGAUUCUGAGGUACAAGGGAUCAGGAGACAAACAACAAAAACCUAGUUACCAUUUCAAACAAUGACGAAGAUCUCUGAUCUUCCAAUAAAUUUGGUAGAGGAGAUUCUCUAUAGGGUCCCUGUUAAAAAUAUGAGAGAAGUUCGAUUAACUUGCAAAGACUGGGACACUUUAUCCAAAAGCCGAAGCUUUUCAAAGAUGCAUAGCGCAGUAAGAAGGGAAGUUGAGUCUAUGAUGAUCGUACUGAUGGAUUUCAACCUAUAUCUCACCAAGGUUGUUCUCUCGGACAAUGAAGAUCCAAUCAUAGAGUAUAAAGGUAAACUUAACAAACAAAUCAAAAUAUCUCAAGCUUUCCACUGUGAUGGUUUAUUGCUAUGUGUCUUGGAAGAUGAUGAUACCAAAGCUAUUGUUUGGAAUCCCUAUUGGGGUCAAACAAGGUCGAUAGAAUUUAGAUUUUCUCACCGCACAUAUAGACGGGAAAGGUUCAGUUACGCUCUCGGAUACGAGGACAAGGGCUCUUGUCGUAGUUACAAAUUCUUGAGGUUUAUAGAUCAGUACGUUGACUAUGCGACGAGAGAGCAGUUUGUAUGGUAUGAGAUUUACGAUUUCGACUCUAGUUCAUGGAAGACUCUUGAUAUCACUCCACACUGGCGUAUACUAUGUAAACAGCCUGGCGUGUUUCUAAAAGGAAACACUUACUGGCCUGCUUCACAAAGGAAUUACACAGAAGAAGACGUGCUUGACGAUCACAUAAUCUGCUUCAAUUUUCCAAGUGAGAGUUUUGGUCAUCUUCUGCGCCUGCCGUUUGACGCUGGGCAUCAUGACUAUGUGACUUUAUCAUGUGUUAGAGAAGAGAAGCUUGCAGUUUUACUUACUCACAACGAAGCAGGUCCAAUGGAGUUUGAGAUAUGGAUUACUACUUAGAUUGAGGCAGAAAAGGUGUUGUGGAGCAAGUUCUUGAGAGUGGAGGAACCGGAUCUUGACCCUCUGAUUACAUGUGAUAGUUUCUUCAUUGACGAGGAGAAGAAAGUUGCCAUGGGUUUUGAAGAAGACUACUCCAAAACAUUUAACAUUGUUGGAGAGGCUGGAUACUUAAAAAAACUGAAACUCUUAGAACGUUUAGGUUUAGGCGGAAAGAUACACUGUAGGGCAAAGGCUUGUUCUUAUGUUCCAAGCCUAGUGAAAAUUAAGCAACCUGCUGCAGGAGGUAAAAGGAAGCACCAAAGUGACUUGGAAAAGCAACUAUUUGAUCAAAAAAUGUCUGGACUUCUUGCAGCUAAAAAUCGUAGCAAGUUUUGGUAAUCUACAGGAGGAAUGCAAAAGGAGAAUAAACGAGAUGAUUAGUCUUUCAAUUAUGUCGUUCAUUUACUCUUAGCUCUUUUGAUUCAGCGUGUUUUUGGUGUUGGGUUUCCCUUUUUUGUAUAUGCUAUCAUUUUUGGAUUUUGAUGAUUUUUUGGGUUUAAUUAUCGUUUCUUAGAGCAUUGUUUAUUGGUGAGACCCUUAAGUGUUGCUUAAUAAAUUUUUAACUAUUAAAAUUGAGAUAAGCAACUUUGUUAAGGGACACUUAAUUAUAGUGGUUUAAUGGUGGUUACUUAAUUAAGGUUCUUAACAAUAAAAAUAUUAAAUUUAAUUUUAAAUUUUUUUUUUAAAGAUUAAACUUAUUUUAUUAAAUAAAACAAAGUAAAACAUAACAUUUUAAACAUGUGAAUGAGAAUUGAGAGAAUAGAUUUGUGAUGAGUGUGUUUGUGAUGAGAAUUGAGAGAAUGGAUUUGUGAUGGGUGUGUUUGUGAUGAGAAUUGAGGGCAACGUGAAAAUGUGAUGAGCGUGUAUUGUUGAAAACCUGAAAGGCAAAAGAAAUACUAGUUGUGACCUCUCGGCAAAAAAAAUACUAGUUGUGAAAGAAUGAAGAGAUUGGAAGGGCAAAAGACUACACA